AUGUCUGAUCAAAACCGCAACUCAGACUCCAACAAUCAUUCCGACUUUCGCCUCCCUGGUGCCGUUUCGCGCCCGUACAGACAAGCUCGUCUCAUCACGACACUGGCCUUCAGCUACUCCGGUAUCCUGAAUCCUAGUCUAAAGGAAUGCCACCUGCACGCACCUUGGGGGCACAUAUUUGAAGAUCUCAUUGACGAUCUCGGACUGGAGACGUUCAUCGUCGCUCAGCACUCGUUUUCGCCAUUCGACCGUGUCUCUAUCCAGGACUGGUACAAGAAGAAGCAGGAAAAGAAGAAAGAAAUCAGGAGAAUUGAGCAGGAGCGAAAUGCCAAUAGGUUGGGGAAGCCAUUGCCAGUUAAGGUGGCCGAGCCGCCUGUUCCGACUCCAGCCGUCCCACAGUUCUCCACUAGCCAGGCACUCAAUGCAGGCACCGACGCAGAUGACCAAGACAUAGACCUUCUCGCCGAAACCUCCUUCCGAACUCUUGCCGACGAAAGGUCUGAGGAAAAAGUUCCCGACUUCUCCAUUUUCAAAGGCCUCAAGUUUCGCAAUCGCGUGACCAAUGCCAUUAUGACCCCAGCUGACUUUCCCAACGAUCCCGCUGACUGGGACAUUGUCCGGGUCGUGGUGGCCAAGGCCAUGCUGCUUGCAGAGCUGAAACCACCACCCUCGCGCCAUAUAGAAAGCGAAGUCGCUUUCCACACUGCUCUUGGCAAAAUCAUGGUCAAGGCCAACCUGCAGGCGUGGAGGCAAGCCGAACGCGCUUGCGCAGCCGAUGAAAAACUUCAAUCUUUGGUUUUGGUUGCAUGCGUAGGGGAAUGGUGGACGUGGAGGCUGGCUAACAGGCGGGAGGUUAUUCCACCAGAAGAUACGCAGCCAGAGUCGACCUCGAAUAUCUUGCCCUCCGACCCCCGAGUAGAACUGCCAGAGGCGGCCAGCCAACGCCAGUCACGUCGUCGCAAUGCAGCUGCUCCCGCCCAACCCAGUUCGACACCUGAAGUUGGUAUCCGCCCACAACCGCGAGUGGCAAAAGAAAAAGCCAAAGGAAAAUAUGCACAGCCUCCAGAAGACGAACCAGACGACGAUGACGACAAAGUUCCUUACGACCGCGGUUCUAGGAAGGGAAAGGAACCAGAAGACGAACUACCUCCCACCCUCGCGCCCCGCAGAGUAUUCAAGACCGCGCAAGCCGGCUAUUCCGAUCAAGCCGAGGCGAAUAUUGUCGACGCGAUUCCUCCUCACACCAACUGGUCAGAUUUCUUGCGUCUUAGCACUCCAGCCUCAAACCAGGCUUGGUACUUGGUUCAUUACUUCCUUCAGCACGGCCAAGUGCCAGGUGUGGAAUUGCCUUCCAACGACAGUGGUCCUGUGCCAGGGCCCAGCAACGCAUCUCGCAAGCGAUCUGCAGAGCCGACUCCGGUGGUAGGGGGCCGCAAGAGCCAUUCAAAGAAGCUGAAGUUGGACUCCGUUGGCGUCGAAGUGCGUGAAGAAGAAGAUUAUGCGAGCGAGGGUGUCAUGACAGAUAGAGAAGAACGGGGAUAA